ACCAGCCCCACGCUUUGGGUUCUCCGGAUCGACUCUAGGCCACAGGACAGCACGCAGCAUAUACUCGUACACCAUACUCGAAAGCAUUUCGAUCUUGGACGUUACGAAAGCCUUCGAGGAUCACAUACACGCACCUCGCUGAGCCUUAAUCUUGGUUGCACACCUACUUUUUUGAUAGCAGUGACAUUUUCUCUGCCUACGAUUGGCUGAAGUGACAACAAUCAGCAAGCCAAUAUGACACAGCCGGCCAGUGAAGUCAAGGGCUUACCUGUAUUCAAUCGCCAUAUCACGACACACGACGCGGAGGGAAAGGCGAUUUUCCAGACACCGGAUCCUGACAAUCCAGACGACUUGACAUCGGCACCAGCUCCGCCUAUAUCGACUGUACCGACGUGGACGAAUUACCCAGGAUCUGCCUUUGGGUUGGGCUAUGCGACGCAAACGACAUCUCCGGAUUUCAGUCAGAACGCAGAUCUAAACACGUUCUACAAGUACCUCCAUGAGCAUCCACCUGUUGUCAUUCCAGGUGGCGUGGUGUUUCGAGUGGUGGACAUGGCACCAGGUGGAGGGUCGCCAAUGCACCGUACUGUGUCGAUUGACUAUGGAGUAGUCUUGGAAGGCGAGAUUGAACUUGAACUGGACUCUGGUGAGAAGCGACUAAUUCCUCGUGGAGACAUGUUCGUGCAGCGAGGGACUGCACAUCGCUGGCGCAACCCCAGUGACACGCAGCCGGUGAGGCUGCUGGUGGUCCAGGCUGACAGCAAGGAGGUUGUGAUUGAUGGGAAGGGCGCAUUGCCGGAGUCAUUCAGUCUAUAGGGGAUGAUAGAUAUUACGGAGUUGGUACGCAAUGCUGCCGGUCUAGCGAUGACUUGGGAAUCAGGCUGAAUGCUGCUUGACAGAUUUCAAUGGAGAUAGAGUCGAUUAUCACGGAUACUGACACCGGUCGACAUUAGUAAGCUGUAUGUCUGUCCGGGCAUCUGCCGAUGAGACGGAUAUCUUCGUACAGGCUUUCUUUCUGGAUGGGGACAAUGCUUGUCGGUGAUGAUUGUGGUGGAGAGCUUUCUUCGAUUCGCCUGCUACGAGUUAAGGGUCCUCAACACACCCAAACUCCGAUGUCAUAGUGUCGCCACUAAGUUAGACCGCUCUCUGGCAGUAUAUCUCAACGUCAUGUUGUCU